GAGAUGGACAAACACAUGCGGAGCAUGUUGCAUCACAGGGAACUUGAGAACCUGAAGGGCAGGGACAGUAGUCAUGAGUGCCGAGUAUGCGGGGUCACAGAAGUGGGGCUUUCUGCAUAUGCAAAGCACAUUUCUGGCCAGUUGCACAAAGAUAACGUUGAUGCCCAGGAAAGAGAAGAUGAUGGAAAGGGAGAAGAGGAAGAAGAUUAUUUUGACAAGGAACUUUUGCAGUUAAUAAAACAAAGGAAAGAACAAAGUCGACAAGAUGAACCUUCCAUUAGCAGCCAAGAAAUAAACUCUGAUGACAGGCGACCCCAGUGGAGACGAGACAGAGAGAGCUACAGCCAGCCAGCAUGGCAUCAUCGCGGACCUCCUCAGUGGGACUGGAAAUGGGAGAAAGAUGGCUUUAACAAUCCUAGGAAAAACAGCUUUCCACAUUCUUUGAGGAAUAGUGGUGGACCAAGGAGAUGUUCUGGGUGGCGCAAGGGUGUUGCAGGAGGCUCCUCAGCCUGGUUUCACAACCACAGCAAUUCUGGAAGUGGUUGGCAUUCAAAUAGUGGAACGGUAGAUUGGAAUCACAAUGGUACAGGAAGGAAUUCUAGUUGGCAUUCUGAAGGAACAGGUGGCUUUUCCAGUUGGCAUGUGAACAGCAGCAACGGAAACUGGAAAUCCAGUGUACGUAGUACAAAUAGUUGGAAUUACAGUGGCCCUGGAGACAAAUUUCAACCAGGCAGAAACAGAAAUUCUAACUGUCAAAUGGAAGACACAACUAUGCUGUGGAACAAGAAAUCUAAAUCAAACAAAUAUAAUCAAGAGAGAUAUAAUUGGCAGCGGAAAGAAAAUGACAAAAUCAGUCCGGUUGCCACAUAUAGAGGUCCUUCUGAAGGAUUUACAAGUGAUAAGUUUCCUUCAGAAGGCCUACUUAACUUCAGUUUUGAGCAGCUGGAAAGUCAAACCACUAAACAAACAGACACCAUAGCUUCCAAAAUUGGUGGGAAGAAUAGCAGUGUAGCAAAGGAGAGGCUCCGUCGCUGGACUCCUUACCCUUCCCAGAAGACUCUAGAUUUACCAUCUGGAAUGAAGGAAGUCACUGGUAACAAGUUAGAAAUAAAGGAUAAGCCUUUCUUUGAUUUUAGCUUGACAACCACAGGAACACAAGAGCCCCAAAUGGAUGAAAUAAAUAAUUCCCCAACACUGAGAACACAAAAAGAAACAAAUAGUGGAUCUCUUAAUCACAAAGCCACUUCUGACUGCACUGCUUCCCAUGAGGUGGUGAGAGAUUGCCCCAAUUCAGAAAUGGAGCAAGAGCAUACCUUAAAUAAGAUGCCAUCAUUAAAGUCUGCACUCCUCCCAAUUCCAGUCACUAAAUCAAUUCCUCAAAAGCCAGAUUCAAAGAAUCCCUCCAAAAACAACAAAACGAAUUCUUUUUUUCCUGGAGAACACUCAAAUCCCUUGCCCAAACCCACUGUGGGAGGCAGUCGUGGUUCUUACAUCUCCAAAUUACGAAGUUCAUGUCCUCGUGUUUUAAAAGGCAAUAAAAGUACAUUUGGCACUCAGAAGGAACCUGAUGAAAAUUUAAGUGAUACAUUACAAAGAGCCAAAGAAGUGCUGCCAUGUCAUGAGUCACUGCAAAGUCCACUUCUUAGCAUUUCUCAAAGGACCAGAAACUAUGCAAAAGCAAGUAGGAAUGUAGAAGAGUCUGAAAAAGGGUCUUUGAAGAUUGAGUUUCAGGUACAUACAUUAGAAGAUGAAAGUGAUGGAGAAAUGUCUGACACAGAAAAGCAUGAAACAAAAAUUGGAACCCUGGGUUCUGCAAUUAAAGAAAUUUUAUCCUGCAGCACUCAUACCACUGAUGAGAAAGAGGGGGAUGACCAAAACCUGAAAACAUCUAGAAAAGUAUCUAGUUCCCCAUGUAAUUCAACAGUUCAUCCAAAAGAAUCUGAGUUACAAAUGGCAUCUGCAGCCAGUCCACCUGCUGGUUUAUUGCUAGAUUUUAAAACCUCUCUAGAAGAUGCACAGGCUGAUGACCCUGUUAAAGCUCACGUAGCUUAUGAAACAGAAGGCUUUGAAAGUACAGGCUUGGAUGCAGAGCUUCAAAAAAGUGAUAUAGGUCAGUCCUCAGCUGCUCUCCUGCCUGAACUAAGUAAGCUUGGCUUUCCUGCCUCACUCCAGAGAGAUCUAACCCGGCACAUUAGUUUGAAGAGCAAAACUGGAGCACACCUUCCUGAGCCAAACCUCAAUAGUGCUCGCCGCAUUCGCAAUAUCAGUGGUCAUCGAAAGAGUGAGACAGAGAAGGAAUCUGGGCUCAAGCCAACCCUUCGACAGAUCCUAAAUGCAUCUCGGAGAAAUGUCAACUGGGAACAGGUCAUCCAACAAGUAACCAAGAAAAAGCAAGAGCUAGGCAAAGGCUUACCCAGGUUUGGCAUAGAAAUGGUGCCUCUAGUUCAAAAUGAUCAAGAGGUGUUGGAUUUGGACGGGGAGCCUGAUCUCCCCGAUCUAGAAGGAUUCCAGUGGGAAGGUGUUUCCAUUUCUUCAUCCCCUGGGUUGGCGAGGAAGCGAAGCCUUUCUGAGAGCAGUGUGAUCAUGGAUAGGGCUCCUUCUGUGUAUAACUUCUUCACUGAGGAAGGUACAGGCAAAGAAAAUGAGCCCCGGCAGCUGUUUUCACCUGGUAACUCAUUGAGGAGUGCACAGAGUCAGAAAAUAACCAUGGCCCUGAAGCAGGAAGGGACUUCUCUGGCUUCCCCCCUGAGAGCAGGUGAAAGGGCUGAAAAUGUUGCUACUCAAAGAAGACAUAGUAUGCAGUUGCCCUCUGACCAUGCAGUAUCUUUGAUGCAUUUGGCAGAAGACCUGAACAGCCAGGAGAGCUCUACACCAUCAUCAGAGAAUCAGAAUGCCCAGGAGAGUAAUGGAGAAGGAAACUCAUCAUCAAAUGCAUCCUCAGCCCUUGCACUCUCCAGUUUGGCAGAUGCAGCCACAGAUAGUAGCUGUACCUCUGGUGCUGAACAAAAUGAUAGCCAGAAUAUUAGAAAGAAACGAAGAGCCACUGGAGAUGGAUCUUCUCCUGAACUCCCAAGUCUUGAGAGAAAAAAUAAAAGAAGGAAAAUUAAAGGAAAGAAAGAACGUUCUCAGGUUGACCAGCUGCUGAAUAUUUCUUUAAGGGAAGAAGAACUAAGCAAAUCAUUGCAGUGCAUGGAUAAUAACCUUCUGCAAGCCCGUGCAACACUUCAGACAGCUUAUGUUGAAGUUCAGAGGCUACUUAUGCUCAAACAGCAGAUAACUGUGGAGAUGAGUGCACUGAGGACCCAUAGAAUACAGAUUCUACAGGGAUUACAAGAAACAUACGAACCUUCUGAGCGCCCAGACCAGGUUCCCUGUAGCCUUAUACGAGAACAAAGGAACAGUAGAUCUCAAACAUCUGCUGAUGCCACGCUGAUGCCUACUUCUUUUCUCUCAGUCUUUCCGGAGCCUCCAUCUUCCCAUGUGUCUCCAGCACCCACUGGAGUCUCUCUCCAAGUAACCCCAUCUCCUCCUUUCCAAGCCCAUGGCAGUGUUCCUGCUCCAGACUCAUCAGUUCAGAUUAAACAGGAACCCAUGUCUCCUGAACAAAAUGAGAAUGUGAAUGCUGUGUCACAAGGCUCUGUUUGUAAUGUGUCCAAGGAAUUACUGCAAGCUAAUAGAGAGAUCACUGACAGCUGUUCAGUUUAUCCAGUCACCACUGCAACAUUGUCCCUCUCAGAGCUAACAGAAAGUUUCCACGAGCCUAGCCAAGAACUGAAGUUCUCCACAGAGCAGGAAAAUACCAGAAACAGAGGAAACGUUCCCUCUCCCCAAUCAAAUGGUCUUCCUAGCAUGAAUAAAGAAGGUGAAGAGCCAGUCAAAGGCAACAGUGGGUCUGAAGCCUGUACCAGUUCUUUUCCAAGAUUGUCCUUUGCUUCAGAAACCCCCUUUAAGAAGGAGCCUCACUCUCCAGCCGACCAGCCUGAACAGCAGGCAGAGUCCACUCUAACAUCAGCCGAAACAAGGGGAAACAAGAAAAAGAAGAAACUCCGAAAGAAGAAAACUCUACGGGCUGCCCACAUUCCUGAGAACAGUGACACUGAGCAGGAUGUAUUUACUGCUAAACCUGUAAGGAAAUUAAAAACGGGAAAGUCAGCUAAAGGGGCAAAAGUAACAACCUCCACCUGGGAAGAUAGCAGAACUGGCCCAGAGCAAGAGAGUGUCAGAGAUGAGCCAGAUAGUGACUCAUCCCUGGAAGUUCUAGAAAUCCCUAAUCCUCAGUUGGAAGUAGUAGCCAUUGAGUCUUCUGAAUCUGGAGAAGAGAAACCAGACAGCCCACCUAAAAAGGAUAUUUGGAACUCCGCAGAACAAAACUCAGUAGAAACUUCUCGUUCUGGCUGUGAUGAAGUCAGUUCUACCAGUGAGAUUGGCAUGCGCUAUAAAGAUGGUAUCCCUGUAAGUGUGGCAGAGACUCAGACUGUCAUCUCCUCUAUAAAAGGAUCAAAGAACUCCUCAGAAAUAUCUUCAGAGCCAGGAGAUGAUGAUGAACCCACAGAAGGGAGCUUUGAGGGGCACCAAGCUGCAGUGAAUGCAAUUCAAAUAUUUGGAAACUUACUGUAUACCUGUUCAGCAGAUAAAACUGUCCGAGUUUAUAAUCUGGUGAAUCGGAAGUGCAUUGGUGUUUUUGAGGGCCACACCUCCAAAGUGAACUGCCUCCUGGUUAUUCAGACCUCUGGAAAGAAUGCUGCCCUUUUCACUGGUUCCAGUGAUCACACCAUUCGCUGCUAUACUGUUAAGACGCGGGAAUGCAUGGAGCAGUUGCAGCUGCAAGACCGGGUUCUUUGCCUCCACAGUAGGUGGCGAAUCCUUUAUGCAGGACUGGCAAAUGGCACUGUGGUUACCUUCAACAUAAAGACUGGAGAGCUUGUGCGGAUCUAUAAAGGUCACAAUCAUGCAGUGACUGUGGUGAAUAUCCUAGGAAAAGUGAUGGUCACUGCUUGUCUGGAUAAAUUUGUUCGUGUCUAUGAAUUGCAGUCCCAUGAUCGAUUGCAAGUUUAUGGAGGACACAAAGACAUGAUAAUGUGUAUGACCAUCCAUAAAAGUAUGAUUUACACUGGCUGUUAUGAUGGCAGUAUUCAGGCUGUGAGGCUCAAUCUGAUGCAGAAUUACCGCUGUUGGUGGCAUGGCUGCUCUCUGAUAUUUGGCGUAGUAGAUCAUUUAAAACAGCAUUUGCUGACUGACCAUACAAAUCCAAACUUUCAAACCCUGAAAUGUCGCUGGAAGAACUGUGAUGCUUUUUUCACUGCUAGGAAAGGAUCCAAACAGGAUGCUGCAGGACACAUUGAACGACACGCUGAGGAAGACAGCAAAAUUGAUUCAUGAAGUUUUUUGCCUCCCAUGUUGGGAAGUCAUUAGUUGAACUAAUUUCACAUCAGCCCCUCACACCGGCCACACUUUUACCUGCCUCAGUGAAGCAGGGAAGGAGAAAGUGGUUACUAGCCAGGCUUACUACUAGCAUAAGUCUGGGCAUCUCUAUGGGAUAAUAGGUUACAAUCUAAGUUCUUGCUGGAGGUUUAAACAGAUUUAAAGGAACCAUCCUCCUCUGGGACAACAUGGCAUGUAGUAAUCUAUGCUCCUAGUGUUUUCCAGAUCUCCAGAUGUUUAUUACAGAUGAAGAUCUUAAUUGGUUACCCAGUGGGACACUGAUCAUACAUACAUUUUGCUGAUUUCAGUUUGUGAUUUUUAGUUUAUGUUCUUAUGAUGGUGUAAGCCUAGAGUCAGGCUUUAGAGUACAUGUUCAAAUGCUAUAUUUUUAGACUCAGUUUUAAUUUCUUCAGUUGUAAUAACUGGGUAUUUAAAUUGGAAGCAAAUAGUUUUCUUUCUGAACAACUAAGUGUAGUAUGUUUCAAUAUUCUCUUGCUUUGUAGGUGGAUAGAGCUGGCUUUAAAUGCUAAAGGAACACACAGUAGGUUUUUAACAGCUAGCAUGACUGCUCUGUUGAUUAUAUUUUAGGAACUCAAGACAGCAAAUCACAUAAUGACAAGUCUUCAUAGAUAGCACUUCCUGUUGGACCUCUUUGCAAGUUUUGGUGGAGUGCCCAGUUUAAGGCAGUUCAUAGCUCUAACAUCUGCCUUGAAACUGCUGUAAGACCUCAGCACUCACUGCUGCAGGCAUUGUCAGGUUGUUUGAACUGGAGGCACAUCUUUUGUCUCACUUUCCAGUUUCUGACUCUCCAGUCCUCCAGUGGGUUUGCAGUCUUUUUGUUUACUGCAUUGCCAACACCUAUCUUUCCCACUCUAGGUGUGCUUAGACUAAUAAUGGCAGCCAUCAAAUACUUCCUCUGAGCUCACAGGGUGCUUCCCACCCACCUGCAGUACCCAAGAUAGGGGACUUAGGAUAAAGCAUCUGAAGACAGUUUUUAGGGCCUCAAACAGGCUUCUUAGAGACUGAAACCUUCUGAAACCUUACCUGACCUUUACCUCCCUACUAACUGGGAAAUAAGAGUGGAGUAUGGUGAAGGUAAAGACUCUACUUGUCCACUGAGGGCCACCAAAUUAACAAAGCCUAGUGAGACUGCUUUGUGUUUGGAUUGAUUUUCUCUGGACUCUUAAGAAAAUCUCUUGAAGUGUUGCCUUCUACCCUUUUUCUGGAUUCUAAAAACUGAAAGAGUCUUCAGAGAGAGAGAGAAGGGAGAAGAGCCUAGUGCCACAUAUCAAGCUCCAGGAUGUGGCACCUCCUGUUUUCUAAGAUUGCAGAGCACCAGUUUAUUUCUACCCCCGUUAGUGUGCAUGUCUCCUUCAGGCUCUAGACAGGGAGACUUUCCUGAGGGUACAUGGAUGGGUUUCAAGAGAGUAUGAAAAACUCCCUGAAAUUGUAUGCAAGGCUAAGUAUUUAUUCUUUUCUCCAAUAAAGGCUCCAGUGGUUCAUACUGGAUCCAGAAAGCAGUUAAGAGCUAAUCUAGGAGCUACUACUAGGUAAUUAAUGGCCCUACAAGCUAUUUACUUCUGUCCUUGGGAAUGGGAACCUCCUUUGUUGACCACACUGUUGAGAUUUGCAUGUUACUUGAGAGAGAACAGAGAGGACCUCAUUGCAUAAAGUGUAUUUGUGCUAUUUCUGUAUGAGAUUAAGAACCUUUCCCACUUCUCACCCCCAUUUCCUGUAAGGGUGAUCAGAAAAGCCACACUGUUCGUUGGGCUUUCCCAGGAAAGUGUAUUUGGAUUUACUGUUAAACCUGGCAUUUUAUUCUGGGCUUUAGUGAAGCCACAUUUCCACGUUGACUGGGCAGUGUGCUAAGAAAGUCUUGUAUGCUCUGUUGCAUAGGUGUCCUGUCCUAGUACAGGUCUGAAAAGAUGAGAGUGGUGGAGCCUUUCUAUAGCAGGAAGGGGGUAUGUGAGGUGUUAGGCAAUCAUGGGGAACAUUUGAAGGUAUGAACAGACUGAUAGAAUCAGCAAGAACUGAUUUGGGUUAUUACACUUUGUUAAAAUUGUACACAGUCUAUCUGCCUCUUUGUGUACAGGUGUGAAUGUUCCUUGUACGGCUGUGUGUGUGUGUGCAUGAGCACCUGUACUUGUAAUACUUCUCGUUUCACAAAAAUUUCUUUGAAGCAAUGUCAAUAAUGUCUUUGCUUCGAGAAUUUGUAAAAUUUGUUUAACCCCAGGUUAGUGUUUUAACCUAAAUGCACGCUGUUCUUGCCCUCUGUUUAGAAAUAAAGGUACCAUAAGCAUCUUGUUUGCUUAUGGUUGUGUGUUCAUACUCUUAAGAGUCUUGAAAGUUAAGUAGAACUUUAGUUGUUUUUUAAGUCUUCUACAAUGUCUUGACGGGUUCUAGCCCUCUGUCUCCCCUCAGAGAAGAGCUGUGGCUCAGGGAUUUGCAUUGACUGUGGUAUUUAGUACUUAAUGAAGGAAGGAAAUGUUAUACAACCUGACAAAACCCAACUCGUUUAUUAUAGUGAGUGGGAGGCCAUUUUUAGAAUAUUAUUUUUAAUUGCCUGUGCCUAUUUCUGAUGGUUAGAAACCAGGAAAACUAUAUUAUAGAUCCUUUUGUGUCCAUAUGCUAGUAUUAUAACGGCAGUUGGUCCUGACAAAAUAUCAGUCACUUCAAAAUUUUUAAUGAGGUUCAGAAUGUAUUUUGGUGUACUCUUCUAUUCAGUUUUAAAGCAAUUAAACACAAUGCAAACAAAACUCUUGGAGCAAAGAAUUAUGUUGCCCUGAUGCUACUUGAAUUUUGAGAGGAUGUCAUUGCUACUACACUUCUGCUUUUGUGGGGAAAAGUUUUUUCAGCCUCAGAGGAGUUAGCAGUUGAGUGCUUAGCUCCUGACAUACCUCUAAUUUUUAGGCAAUAUUAUUGCUGUUUAAGUGAUAAUUUGCCUAACAAAGGGAUUUUUUUGGUUUUGUUUUGUGGUAGAUUAGGCAGUAGACAACUUUAGUGGAUAGGUAUGUGGAUGAUUUGGUGGGAAUAGGUGUCUAACAGUGGAAUGAUAUGAUAUAUUUAAUGGAAGAGAAUUCAUUGGAGGGGAGAUCAAAGUUUAUUGUGAAGUGGGAUUUGAACAGCAUGUACCCUCUGGUUUGCUCAAAUAACUAGAAUUCAUAUAUGCCAACUUAUAAAGUUUGUUCCUUUUAUCUAAAGGAGAGCUCCUAGAACUGUUUUGAAGUCCAUGCCUGCCACUCUGAUAAAAUAGUGAUUUCAUCCCUGCCCCAUAUCAUUGUGAUCCUCAGAAUUUCAGAGAAGCCAUGUAAAGGAAAGGAAUGGAAGCUGUGGUGGAAGUGAUUUAGGCUAUACUGAGUUCCUUAUGUAAGUGGAUUUGAAAUCCUGAUGUACACCAGACCUAGUACUUACCAGACAAUAACCUCUAACCUCACCUCCAACCCCCAACUAUGUGACUCCACUGGGUCAGAUAGCAACUAAAGUUUCCAAGAUUUGCUAAUUAGUAGCCCAGUUGAAUUGGGAGAGGAGAGAGUCAAGUAAGAUCUUUCUCCUGCUUUAGAGAAGUAAAUGCCCUAGAGCUGUUCCAGCACCCUCAGUAUCUGAAUUUUUUAAAUAUUGAAGUAAGGAGUAGAAGAAAGAAAUCAGAUGACAUUUGACUGCAAAAGUGUUCAUAAGCAAAUAGCUUAUCCUUCUUACAUUUUGGUAUAAAGCUGUGAACUUCAUGACUUUGUAAAGCAAGAUAUAAAGCAAAUACAAGAAGAAAAUAAAGUACUUUUACUAAUUGUUCA